GUGGAGCUUCUCAAAAGUCUGGGUGACGUGAACUUGGAGAAGGGAAGACUCGAGAAGGAUGUAGGGAGGUUCAACAUGGCCUUGGCGCUUUACGUGGCUGCUAUGGUCCGGUGUGGCUAUCGGGAUCAGGGGGAUGGUAUAGAACACCGAUACGAAUACGCGGAGAGACUUUUACAAGGGGUGACGUCAAAGGGGUCACAGGGUCAGGAACCACAAACUGAAGACAAGGAGACGACUACACCUGCAAAGGUGGCUCUGAAGUUUCAAAACCUCGACAAGAAACGGGCUGCCGGUGGUAACACAGACUCCAUGCUGGUUGGAUACGCACAAUUAAUAGUAGAGGGAAUAGUAAACGAGAACAACAUGUUAGAAACAGAAGCGAUCAAAAGCCUCGGUGACGUGUAUCUGAAAAGAGGAACAGAAACUGGAGACACUAGAGACUUAACCAGAGCUACUGCUCUGUACAACACGGCACUGGCGCGGUGUAACAACGUUCAGGGAACAGUUGCCAUUGUCCACCGCUUGCUGUACACAGCAAAAAUCAGGCAGGACAUCACCACAAAAAGCAUAAAGAAGUCAUCUCAAACAGAACGACAACAAGACGUGAAAAAACGAAAGGACCACACCUCCCCCUUCUCAAAUGCAACCUCAAGUGACAACACUAAUGACCGAAUGCGCCGUCCACACAGUAUCCCGGAAGUACAAAAAGUUGAAACCUCGACAGGAGUCGACGAUGACAUUGUAUACGAAGAACAUCUACAGGAUGGCUGCAGGGCCCUGCAGACUGGAGACCUGGACAAGGCAGAACAAAGUUUUGCAGCUGCGCUCAAGUCUGUUCAUAUCCAAGGUGAGUCUAAUUAUGAACCUGGUUCAAAGAGUUUUAAAGUAAAUGCUUGUAAAUAGACCGUAAUCCUAAUUGAUUCUUUUCGACACACCGAACUAUGUUCACCGCAGUGAGUUCCACAGUGCCGCCCCAGAGAAUGAAAAGGCUCAUCUUCUGUAUUCCAGUUUAGUCUUGGGCAACUGAAGACCACCUUGUGCCCUGAGGCGGGUAUUGUGUGUGUGAACAUGUGAUAGCUGUGUGAACAUUGCAGUGAUGUAGGGA